CAGAAGGGGUCAAGAACCAACCAGACACCCUGAUGGGCGGGCCUCGGUGAAAGCAAGCAGUUGAGCGCGCGCAAACGGUUGCUAGGGACGCACCGGACACUCACUACAGCGCCUCGGAAGAGCCAAAAGACACCGGUUUCUCCGGUCACCAACCCCACCACCAUGCCAAGUGACUGCAGUUUACUCCUACAGCGGAACCGAGGACGGUAAGCAACGUGCAGCUCUCCUUUCGGCAGCCACAUUCUCAAGGUGAGGACGAUGAGCAGAAACGGACGACACUGUGGUUCGCUGUGGGCUAGGGGCGGCGAACGUCCGCCCCAGAACCGGACCGCGGCCCCUCCGCUUUCUCCAAGCAUCCACUAAAGACGGCCCGUGGCACCAAAAUAUCAGCGCGCAGACGCGGAAUAAACUGGUCUCCCUUGCCUACCGUCUCACCGUGCAGCCACACAGCAGUGAGGCUCCCGAAGUGGGAGGAUGCAAGUCUAAUCUGCUUCACUUGUGGCCUGUAGAGCUCUCCUGGCCGCAGUACUUCUACGCCUCCGCAGUCCGCACAGUGACUUGAGAGAAUCAGCAAGCUUGAAGUAUCUCCCAUGCUGCCUGAUGACUUGCCGGGGUGUCCGCUUUCACCGUGCUCGCCUAGACUCUACUCAUUCUUCAAACCCCUAACCCAGGUGGAGCCGGGGCCUUCGGAAACUACAAUUCCCGUGAAACACUGCGACAACGCAAGCGUGUCAGCUCGUGCUUCUAUACCUUGUUCCAUUGGCUGGCCGAUUGGACCUGUACUUCUGAUUGGCUCAUGGCCCGAGGCGACAGAUUCCGGAAAGGGGAAGAGCAGCCAAUAUGGCGGCGGAGCGCGGCGCGGGGCAGCAACAGUCGCAGGAGAUGAUGGAGGUUGACAGGCGGGUUGAAUCUGAAGAAUCAGGUGAUGAGGAAGGGAAGAAGCAUGGCGGUGGCAUUGUGGCAGACCUCAGCCAGCAGAGCCUGAAGGAUGGAGUAGAACGGGGCGCAGAAGAUCCGGAAGAGGAACAUGAGCUGGCAGUAGAUAUGGAAACCAUCAGCCUGGACCGAGAUGCAGAGGAUGUUGAUCUGAAUCACUACCGAAUUGGAAAGAUUGAAGGCUUUGAGGUGCUAAAGAAAGUGAAGUCACUCUGCCUUCGUCAAAACCUAAUUAAAUGCAUUGAGAACCUGGAGGAACUACAGAGUCUUCGAGAACUGGAUCUCUAUGAUAAUCAGAUCAAGAAGAUUGAGAAUCUUGAGGCACUGACAGAAUUGGAGGUUCUAGAUGUUUCUUUUAAUUUGCUGAGGAACAUUGAAGGGAUUGACAAACUGACACAGCUGAAAAAACUCUUCUUGGUCAACAAUAAAAUCAAUAAAAUCGAGAACAUAAGCAACUUACAUCAACUGCAAAUGUUGGAGCUGGGGUCUAACCGGAUUCGGGCAAUUGAAAAUAUCGACACGUUAACCAACCUGGAGAGUUUGUUUCUGGGGAAAAACAAAAUUACAAAACUUCAGAACCUGGAUGCACUUACUAACCUGACAGUCCUCAGUAUGCAGAGCAAUCGGCUAACGAAGAUCGAAGGUCUGCAGAGCUUGGUGAACCUUCGUGAACUGUACCUCAGCCACAAUGGCAUUGAGGUUAUCGAGGGCCUGGAGAACAACAACAAACUCACCAUGUUGGAUAUUGCAUCAAAUAGAAUAAAAAAGAUUGAGAAUAUCAGCCAUCUGUCAGAACUGCAAGAAUUCUGGAUGAAUGACAAUCUCCUGGAGAGUUGGAGUGACCUUGAUGAGCUGAAGGGUGCCAGGAAUCUGGAGACCGUGUACCUGGAGCGCAACCCCCUGCAGAAGGAUCCACAGUACCGGCGGAAGGUCAUGCUGGCCCUACCCUCUGUGCGGCAGAUCGACGCCACAUACGUCAGGUUCUGAGCCCUCCUUGCUCCUCACCUGGUCCCUCUCCUCAAAAGAACUUCCCAGCCACGGUUUUUAAUCUACCUAUUGCUCCUGAAGUCGUCACUAUACCAACAGUCACAACCCAAUGGCAAUAAUAAGGCACUGGUGGUGCCUGGCCUGUGACGCUACACACCACUUGGAGAUGCCAACACUAUUAAACCUUGCCACGCGGUCUUCCUGGUGAAUUGGUGACAGUUAUUGUAGCCAUGGAGAGAAUGCAGGACAUGUUGCAGUCAUUUGCUCUUCCUGUCUGUCUGUGUCCUUAGCUUGGUAUGCAUCUGGCUGCCCCCGCAGACCUUCAAGUCGGUUUAAGUAGUCAUGACUCACAACCGUACACUGGAUAGUCUCUCAGACCAAUUUUGGAAAGAAAAAAAAAUUUUCUUUGCCAAUUUUGAAAAGAAAAGAUAAUAUUUAAAUUUUUUUGAGUAAAAGAUGGUCUAGUGUCUGCUUGGUAAAAGCUGAGAUACAGCUCUUAGCCACUGGGCACCAGGCAUGUGGCUCCUGUUCCCACCCACUGGGCACUGGGCAUGUGGCUCCUGCUCCAACCCACGAUCCUUUGGCCUGACUUAGAUGAAGUUUCUAUGAGCAAACUCCUAGGGUGUAAGUCUGAUGCUGCAAGAGCAUUGUCCUCCCUCUGCACCUAGACUUCCUCUUUCACACAAUAAGGACUAACUAUGGUCACCAAAGAUCCCUGAGCUUCCAGGGUUCUAGUUCUACACUGUCCCAGAUGGGGCCACUAACUGCCACAUGUAGCAGUCGCUGUUCAUAAGUAAUCCAUUGGAUUUAUUCAUCUCUUCAUUUGUGCUCACACUUCAUCUGCUCAGAGGACACAUCAUGGAAGGAUCCAUUUCCAACAUCACAGAAGGUUCUGGAAAACACUGCUCUAGACCCUGUUUGGUAUUAGGGGAAAUAGCUUGCACUGAGCUUUAAGGCACAUGCCCAUGUGUCCAAGCUGACCAGUUGACCAACUGUCUAGGAGUUUGUAACAUCAGAAUGGUUACAUGGGAUUUAACAUCCAUUUUCUGAUUCUUAUUCUCACCAAAAUAAACUGAAUGAUCUGAAUCUCUGCACCAUUUCCCUAACAAGAAGUAAGCUCUUAGCAAGAAACGUUGGGUGGAGCAGCAUGCAGCCCAGAGCACAUUGUGCCAGAGCCCUGGGAUUGUACAAGCACCAUUCAAGUCAGAACAAGAGAAAACCAUAGUAGACACGCAGGACUGAAAUGUAGGUGUGCCUGCUGCAGUCACUCACAGGGGCCCUACACGUGUGCACGUGGCUUCUAUAGAGUGUAGAGAGAGAAGUAAUAGAGAGGGAGCCACAGGCACCGAAGCCACAGACCCUCCCUCAAGGAUGUCCCUGCAGCACUCGAUUGUGGGAGAGUCCUGCCAGUUAAAUGGAAUGGACAGAGGAAGAUGUCUCCAAAUGAAUUGAAAUUCUAGAAUUAGGAAAAAAAAAAUGUCAACAAAUUAUUCCUUAAAACAGGUCUAGGUCCCAGGAAGAAUCUCGAGAAUCUACAACUGGCUGGAAGUACACAGUUAUGAUCAGCAGAAAAUGCCCCUAAAAAUCUUAACAAAUAAGUACAGAAGUAAAAAACACUGCUUUUACAUAAGAAUAUAGAUACAAAGGUCUGAAAUCAAAGAUCAGCAAAUCAAAGACUACUGAUUUUUCACCAGGAGGGUUUUAUCUCAGGAAUGAAUGCAGGCGUGGCUUAAAAGCAGGUAGGACAGGGUCUGGGAUGCAGGCCUAUAAUCGCAUCUGCUCAGGAGGCUGAGGUAAGAGGAUGAAAAGUUAAGGCAUGCCUUAGCUGCAGAGUGAAAUUGAGGCCAGCCUGACAACCUGAUAAAACCCUUUCAGAAAGUAGCAAUGGGGCUGAUAGUAUAGCUGAAGAGUAGAGUACCUGCCUAGCUUGUAGAGACCUCGGGUUUAUUCCCUAAUAUGAAGGGGAGGGAAAGGAAACAGAACCAGAAUUUACAUAAAUCACUACUCAGUGCAGGAAAAAAAAUAAAUAAAUACCCACCAAUUAAUGUUAUAAUAAAGAUUCAACUGUAUAUAUCCCUGGAUUUCUUUUCAAGAAAAAACAUUAUCAUCAUCAUCAUUGUUGUCGUCAUCGUUAGCAUGGUGCAUGAUGUCUGUAUGUGGUUGUGGGCACAUAUGUGCUGUGGUGCAGCUUGUGAACCUCAAAGGACAGCCUUGUAGAGUCGGUUCUCUCCUUCCUCCUCCAUGUGAGGUCUGGGAAUCGAACUUAGGUUGUCAGGCUUGUGCAGCAGACCGUUGACCUAUUGAACCAUCUCAUUGGUUCUGUAUUCCUGGAUUUUAACAUUUUUAUUUCUUUAUAAAUAAAAAGCUGUCUUAAAGAUUGUAGAAUCUGAUAGAUUUGAGCUAUGGAGAAAGGCCAGUGGGUAAGAAAGCUUGCUCUGCAAACCUAAGAACCCGAAUUCAAUCCCCAUCUCCCACGUAAAAACUGAGCAUGGCUUUUGAGUAAGGUUGCAAUAGUAUAUAUAAUCCUAGAAAAGAAGCUAGCUCAGUGGUAUAGUGUGUGCUUAUGUAGGCUCUGACACCAUUGCCAGGGGUUGGGGGAUUAUUGACAGUGAAGGCAAUCUCUCUGUUGUGUUACACACUGUUGUUAUUUUUUUUUUUAUUGUCACUGUGAUAGAAUACCCUGAGGAACCAGGAAGAAGGGUUUAUUAUUAUCAUUAAUUAUUAUUAAUGAUUAUUAAUUAUUGUCAUCAUCAUUAGCACUAUGCAUGAUGUCUGUAUGCACUAUGUAUGAUAUCUGGCUCAUGGCUCACUGGAUAUAGUGCCAGCGAGAGUAGCUUCCCACUGCAACAGUGGGAACUAACAUCUACAUUCAAGAGGCAAAGACCUGACCAGGGGUUGCCUCUCAGCAACCCACUUCCAGCUAGAUUCUACAUCCCAAAGGUUCUACAGCCUUCCAAAAUAGCACCACCAACUGGGGACCAAAUAGUCACCUUCCAGCUGUAACACACACACCGCAAAAGUGCACACACAAUGGAGCUACCACGCUGCAUUUCAUCAGAUCUGAAUACCAUGAAGUGUAAGAUACUGGCGCUUUCUGAACACUAAGGAAACCCUGCCAAUAGUUGUGCCAUUAGACGUACUUUAGCUGUAGAACAUAUGCUCAGUCCAGAGAUGUUUAUAUGUGAAAAAUAAAGCAAACUGUAUAAAUACUAGCACUAAAAACUGCAAGCAAAUAGAUAUUGAUAGAAGGAAUGUUUCCAGCAGGCAGCCAGCAGAUCUGUUAUGCAGGUGAAGUAACUGAGGAAGCAUGGGAACACUUGAAAUUACAUUGACUUCCUCCCUAAGGAAGGAAAAGCAGUGAGAAGCAUUAGCUACCUGAUAAAAGAGCCGCCAUUAAGAAAAAGGGCCCCUCACCAAAAGCCACACUAAAAACAAUCAGUAAAGUAGAAGUUGACCUACGUGUGAAAGAUAGUGAUUAAAUAUAUGGAGUAUCUACAGUCCAAUAAAAAAAGUCAGGCCAUCCAGAUAGCUUAAAAGGUAAAGGCACUGGCCACCAAUCCUGAGAUCCACCUGGUGAGAGGAGAGAACCAACUCCCAGGAGUUGUCCUCUGACCUCCACGUGUCCUCUGGCAUGCACACACACACACACACAAAAAAAAAGUGUAAUUUUUUUUUAAAUUAAAAAAAGUCAAAAAACUGGGAAUUUCCAUCAGACAAGGUAGUCCAUAACUAACACAAGGCUCUCAGUAUCAGUGAAAAGCAAUGAACACCAUCCAUUCGGUGGGGUUGUAGCUCGGUGGUAGAAUGCUUGCCCAGCAUGUGGGAGGCCUUGAAUUUGAUCACUGGCACCACAAAAUAAUAAACCCCAUAAUAAUGAAACCACUGCUGACUACAGUUUGGAAUGCUUGUGACUGGGAACUAAGUAACUCAAGGGUUGUGGAGGUUCAGGGCGUAAGUACCCUGUUCCCUUGAUGAGAUCCAGGGAGUGCACAGCAUCCUGGAGCUGCAAGUUUUUCCUUCACUCAGCCCCACUCUCCAGGAACUUGGUCUUACAGAAAUAAUCAGAUGUGUAUACUCAGACUUAAGGCCUGUUGCCCAGUGCUGCCCACAAAAGCGGAGGCAACCUGAGCUCCAACAUCCAGGCCCUAUCCUCUGACACCUGAUGCAGCAGAAGGGGGUCCCAGUUUAGGCUUAAAACUUUGAGACACCUGGGAGGUGUAAAUGGAAGAUGGAUUGUUAGAUGCAAAGAUGGCUAUGAAGACAAAGGGGGAAUCCAUAAAUCAACCUUUCCCCUCAGACUGGAAAGGGCUCUUCCCAACCCCCAGGAUAGAAUGAGACCAAGUGACACCCUGACCUUAGCCUAAUGGCAGACUCAGACCUGACAUCUCCAGGACUGGGAUGGGUUUUGGGAUGCCAGCGUUUGCUAGUUUGUUAGAGGAACAUCCAAACAGAGCACUGUAUAAAAAUGAACCCUUUUAUUUCCCCAGCAUUCUGCCUCAGGCUCUGACUUCCCUUGAUGUCUAAUGAAAGCUUAACUGGCUAGUAAACAAGGUUUGCUUCUGUCUGUGGCAA